UCCUUUUGUGUGGAGAAAAGGCGAUAGUGAGAGAUGGGAGCACAUUCAGCACAAUGGACAGAGUCAGAGAGAGGGGUGACUGAAAUCACUAAUGUCAGAACCAUGGACAGAGUCGCCAACUUAUAGUAAGGGUUUUUUCCCCUUUUUUUUGAAGGAGUGAGCAAAGUGUGAAUCUGUUCUGUUCCCUCAGCUGAGCAAGGCAGACCCACCUGACAGUACUCACCAAAACUACAAGCUACAAGAACAGUUUUAUCUCCCUUGUUCGGUAUCUGCGACACGUGCAAGUUCACACCCAUACACGGAGGGACUGAUGUCACUGAUCAAUAUCAAUAUUUUGCAAUAAACACAAAAUAAAUGCAGAUAUAUUUCGACGUAUAAUAGACAAUAUGAGCUUUAUUGAUCUCAUUAUUGUUUCACAUAUACAUUCCACUUUAUGAAGUGAAAGGUUGGGCUGGUGGUCAACUUGAAAACCUAUUGAUUCAUGAAACUAAAGUAAAGUUGAAUGCUCGCUGUACUGCUCUGCUUCGCGCUCAAUAAGUUACAUACAUUUACACUAGGAGCUGUCCAGUCCAGACUUCAGCUGGGAUCCCCCGAGUACGUAUCUCCUCUGCAGGAGCAGCGGGGUAAAGUGCCUUGCUCAGGGACAGCUAGAUGAGUUGGCUGACGGGUGUCUAAAGAGCGAAGGGAGAGAGACAACUCCACCCACAUUUUCCACCUCGCCCCUGUGGAUUCGAACUACCAACUUCCCCGUCACAAUUACCGCUUCUAAAACAGUCACACUGGGUGUAAAGAAACCAGGGAGACCCCCGUGUGCCCCUGAGUAACUGGUUCUCCUUUAAAUUUCCUCCGUGGCUGGGUACUACAUCUGCCACUACCAUCAGCAGCAGCAGCGCUGCUUCUUGAUGUUGUGUUCGGGAAUACGCAUGCGCCCGGCAUUGGAAUUACUGCACUGGCAAGAAUAAGUUGGACCUCGUCUGUCUUCACGAAUAGAAAAAACAAACAAACACAUAACAUAAGUAUGGCAGUGUUCAGAAUAAGAAGAAUGAGGUGUUUUUGCGGCUGGUUGUUCCCUCUCGUAGUGGCCGUGGCGUGCGCCCAAAGUGCCGGUGUCAGUGACCCUAGCAAUAUGUCUUUGGUUAAAGAAACGGUGGAUAGACUGUUGAAAGGUUAUGAUAUACGAUUGAGGCCAGAUUUCGGAGGUCCUCCGGUUGGAGUGGGAAUGAAUAUAGACAUAGCCAGCAUAGACAUGGUAUCAGAAGUCAAUAUGGACUACACAUUGACAAUGUACUUCCAGCAGGCCUGGCGAGACAAACGGCUGUCCUACUCUGAGAUCCCCCUCAACCUGACCUUAGAUAACCGGGUGGCUGACCAGCUCUGGGUUCCUGACACAUACUUCCUCAACGACAAGAAAUCGUUUGUCCACGGUGUCACAGUAAAAAACAGAAUGAUCCGACUGCACCCAGACGGUACCGUACUGUACGGUCUAAGGAUCACUACCACCGCUGCUUGUAUGAUGGACCUAAGAAGGUAUCCACUGGAUGAGCAAAACUGCACACUCGAGAUAGAGAGUUAUGGUUACACUACAGAUGACAUUGAGUUCUACUGGCGAGGAGGAGACAAUGCUGUGACGGGGGUGGACAAGAUUGAACUGCCACAGUUCUCCAUUGUGGAUCAUAAGCUCAUUUCCAAGAAUGUUGUCUUCUCUACAGGUGCUUACCCUCGUCUGUCCCUGAGUUUUAAGCUGAAGAGAAACAUCGGGUACUUCAUCCUGCAGACAUACAUGCCUUCUAUACUUAUCACCAUCCUCUCCUGGGUCUCCUUCUGGAUCAACUAUGACGCCUCUGCAGCCAGAGUAGCUCUAGGUAUUACCACGGUGCUCACCAUGACUACCAUCAACACCCACCUGAGAGAAACCCUCCCCAAAAUCCCCUAUGUCAAGGCCAUAGACAUGUACCUCAUGGGCUGCUUCGUCUUUGUCUUCCUGGCUCUGCUGGAGUAUGCGCUGGUAAACUACAUCUUCUUUGGACGGGGGCCUCAGCGUCAGAAAAGGGCAGCUGAGAAGACAGCUACAGCCAACAAUGAAAAGAUGAGGAUGGAUCCAAACAAGUGGCUGGUGGGGAAUGUAGUUGGCAGAGAUGAUACCCUGUAUGCAAGAAUGAAACAAAGGGAUCUUGAUGGUCAUGACUCGAUAUGGGAACCAAUCUUUGUGGAUGAUGCAGCAAUUGGACUUGGCGAUCAAAAGAAUAAGAUGGACCCACAUGAAAACAUCCUUUUGGGAACUCUGGACAUCAAAAACGACAUGGGAGUUUCAGAGCUGGCUCUGGGUCUCAAUGACCCACGAAAUACCAUGCUGACAUACGACAGCUCAACUCUACAGUACCGCAAAGCAGGGCUGGCCAGGCACAACUUUGGCCGGAACACGCUGGAGUGCCACAUGACUCAAAAGAAGAGCCGACUACGGAGGCGCGCUUCACAGCUAAAGAUCACCAUCCCAGACUUGACUGAUGUAAACUCUAUUGACAAAUGGUCGAGGAUGAUCUUCCCAACUGUCUUUUCCUUCUUCAACAUUGUUUACUGGCUUUACUAUGUCAAUUAAAAGAAAAAAAGGACAUCAGUGAGGGCAAGAACAAACAGCAAAAUAUGUUGCUCAUUUCUUGUUUGUAUCUGGUUUGUUUCAUUUUUAUGUGAUCUUGUAACACUGGACUGAAUUACUAUAUUCAGGACUGGAUCCAUCAUAUCUUGGAAACCACAUUUGCUGGCUAACACAUGAAAACCUUAUAGAAGAGAGAUUGCAAAUAUAUAAGGUGCCUGUUCCUAAGUAAUUGUUUAAAAUUUUACAUAUUUUGUGAAUUGUGUAUCUUGCCAUUUUUUAAAAUGUUUGUCUGCAUAUUUUUUACGUUUUUGUUAUUUUAGAUUUACAGUAUACAUAAUUCAUUGCCAAAAUAUGAUAUCAGUUAGAUACAAAUUGACAAGUUGACAUAUUUAAAUGACCGUUUACUUUCACUGACUACUUAAAAAGUGCUGAAGCAAGUUUCAGGUCAACAGGGUUUUAUGUCAAAGAAACAAAAUGUAUUGUUACUAGAAUUAAUUUCAUUCUAAUAAUAAAGGGCCUGAAGUUCACAAUUUACAAAAACAUGUAAGAUGAAAGAAAUUUCCGAUCAACCUUUUUUAAUAUAUUGGAAGAACUAUAUAAUUUAUUUUUUGUUCUCAAACCAUUUAAAUAAGGUGGCAUUAAGUAAUAACAACUAAGAUUAUUCCAAAGAAGUGAGAGAGAGAGAAAGAGAAAUAUAUAAGAAAGAAAAUAUCAAAUAUUUGUCUUUAGCCAAAUUGGCUUUACUUAUAUAUUAUUAGAAUUUAGGAUUUUACCCCAAAACACAUAUCUAGCAUUUAGCAUAGAGAUAAUAUGACCCACAAAAUUGCCUUUUCAGCUCUCUAUUCUCACUUUGUUGUUGCUGCUAAAAAAAUUGUUCACAGCAGCUGAAAAGGCACUUUAUUAGCUGGAAUAGUUAUUUUAUGUUUGUGUUUAUGUUUCAAGAACACAGAUGGUGAAGCUAAAAGGACUCCAUUGGUCCACAGAAAGGCCAGAAUGCAUACAAAGCACAAAAAUCAUAAAUUAUCUGAUUUUGACGCCAUUUUUUUAUGCAGAUGAUUUUUCUUUUUGUUGCCAAUGAGUUUAUGUAUUGUAUCUGCCUCCCAAGCCAGAUUAUUCUAAUUAUUAUAGGUUUAAGACCUCUUAGUCAUGUUUUGUUUCCAGAUUGAAAAAUUGUUUGAUGAUCAUAAAGGACAUAGCCGUGAAUCCAAAAUGAACUUAUUACAGAUAACAGAUUAUUUAGUAAUGAUGCUGUACUUUUGACUGUAUGUACACACGGUAGAUUUUAUAAAAGAUUUUGCACACAAGUUCUUAAAAGCCAUAGAGGCUGUACCGUAGUUCUUCUAACACCUGGUGCUUAUGGGGGCUUUCUUAAAGAGGAACUAAUAUGACUAUGAUCACACUUUAUGUUUCAGUUACAACAAGGUUAAAAUGUAAAAAUAAUACUAGGGCUGUAAUACACAAGAGUGUCAUAUCCCCCUCCUCAUAGAUUUGCCACACUGUCCGUAUGAAUGAACUCUGUGUAUGCGGAGAAGAGGCCAUAACACCAAAGUACCAAAUCAUUCAUCAAAGAGUGAAAUGCAAACUGUCUCUUGGAAUUCAACUUUGAUGAGCCAACAAAAAAAGUUUGUUAAAGUCGCUGUGAGUGACAAAGCAUGUUAGCAAAGCAUUUUACCAACAUACAAACAUUGUUGGAGACGUAGAAAGGAAGAGGAGGUAACUAAUAUCAAAUAUCUUUCAAAAAUUACACUGAAAUGAGAACUAGUAACUGGAGCCUUUGUCUCACAUGCUUCUUUUGAGUUCACAGAAAACCACAAAGAUAUCAUUUAAAAAGGGAUAAUUUCUCCUGGUAUACCAUUCAUUUUGAUUGUGGAGGUGUCAGUGAACACUUAAACAUUAAUAUUGUAAUUGUUUACUUAAAAUGUAGCCAUAUAUGGUUAUGUCUCACUGCAUGCUCUGUACAGUAAUAACUCCUUGAUAUUCUGUUUUUGACCACUUUCUCCUUACUCACUGAAUUGUUUCAUUUCAUUUGUGCUUUUUGUGUUUAAUUCACCUCACAAAUGAGCAUAUGUAAGUCUGUAAUUACAAUUUAUAAAAAAGUAUGUCUGAUUGGUAUUGCAAAUACUGUACUGAUCAUGAUAUUAAAAAUAUUUACAUCUAAAAAGCAUUUACGUAACAGUUACGACUGUUUUAAGAAUGAUACAAUGAUGCAUUUUCACAAGCACUGCCCAACAACUGAAAUGUACACUUUGAUUGAACAUUGUGCAUAGUUCUAACUAAGAUGACAGUCCAGUUCAGUUUGAACCCUGGACUUUCACCUCACUGGUGUUUACAUGUUACUCAUCAAAAUGGAUGGAAGCUCUAGGUAUCGAAAACUGCACAUAGUAAGUAAGUAGAAUGUUUUGUUUUGUUUUGGGGUUAUUUGAUUGUUCUGGUGAUUAUAUAUAUAUAAAAAAACUUCUUUCUUGUUUUUAAUAUACCUUUCUUUGAAACAAAUUUGUUUAUUUUGUAAGUAUGUUUAAAAAACACAUAUGUAAAGGGAUCCAGAUAGAUUCUGAGUUCUACUAUAAAACUACUAUUAUUGGCAUUGUAAAUUUUUCUAUAGAUGAGGAUGAGUUGAACUCAAAUUUGGGAUCAUGUCCCAAAAAAACAUAUUCAAAUAAGUAUGUAUAUAUCAGAUAGUAUAUUAUUAAUCAUCAAUUGGAAGAUAUUAUUCCUGUAAAUAAAUACUUAUGAACUUUCAUCAGAAAAGAAAAAAGGACAUUUUCAAUAUAAUUUAUAUGGUAAUGUUAAGAGAAUGCAAAGGCUGAUGUGAAACAAUGUAAAUAGUCUAUUUUAAUGUGUCACUUGAUCACUUUUUGUUUCUGUUUGCUCUAUUUGUCGAAGCAUAUUUCUUUGGUUUUGCCAAAAUGUAACAUAUAUUCAUGAAUGUAAUUGAUAUUAUUUUGCAGCAUGUAUUUGCUGUGAUGUGUCAGCAAAAGUAUUACAAUUUCUUCUACCAAUGAUCAGCUAAAUACAGCUUAAUGUACACCACCAACACACACACACUCACAAAGAGUCAAGUGAUAAAGAGGCUAGUGAUGCCGUUGUAUCAGUCCAAAAGUCAACCAUCUCAGGUCAGCACAAUUCACACUACUAACACUACAACCACAAACUACAACUUCAAACCCAAGAAUUGUACUUAUGGAAAAGUACCUUAGUGAGCUUACCCAGAUGUUUUCUCUGUCAUUUAUUUGCUUUCUCUAUUUAACACAAGUCUCAUAAUAUUGUAUACAGUACACAUUUACAGCAUUGGCAGAAUCUAAACAGCUAAAAUAUUUUAAAAGUCAUUAAGGUACUAAAUCCACUUCAGCCAUAGACAAAUCUCAACCUACCCAAUAUAAAUAUAUUUCUUAAUCUUCAGAAUAAUACUGUAUGUGGUAUGACAUGGUGUAUUUGAGUGUGAGAGUGUGUAGUGGAUGUAUGUCAGCCAGACAGUAAAGUGUUUCCAAAGCACGCUGGCAACUGGCAAGAAAGGUCUGCUUCAUAAGUUCUACACUUUGAAUAUGUGUUUGUACUUCACAGCACUUUUUUGUUUCAUAUAUUUUUAUAUUUCUAUACUCCUGUGUAAAAAAAACAAAACAACUGUAAACACUGUCGUUUGGCAAAACCUUGUAAAUCCAAUUUUGGCAAUUUUCACAUUUAUACUUAUACAGAAUGAUUACAUUGUCCUCUAGGGAUUCUGAAAACUUAAUGACAUGUAUGCUUACAAAAUCCUUUCAUGAUCCCUUGUAUAAAGUUUGAAAAAUACAUGGUUUGAAAAUGGCUUUUUUUUCUUCAUUCCUGGAAAGUUAAAGUUUUUGGAAAUGCAAUGUUGUCAUCAGACAGCAGUCUUCUCUGGAGAGCAAGGACUGACUGACAUCCUAAAAGCCUAAAUGACACAUCUUGGUGAAAGUGUAUGUUUGCACACACUCACAGAAGAAGCCUUAUCCUCCUGCUGCCCUGGACUUCACUCCAAGGAGCAUCAAUCCUUCUUACCCUCUCAACACCCUCCACCUUGAAAAAUCCUUGUAUGUGCCACUCACGAGAACAUUCCCAGAAACCCAGACCUGUACCCUUCUCAAAGAUAAGCCCUGUAAAAGUCAGAGUCUGUCUUUACUAUGAAAAACCUAUGGAAAUUAAUAAAUUGUCAAUAAAUAUUGUAUACAGUUCUAAA